AUGGAAAACAAUUAUGGAGCUGUGAGAAGGGGUGGUGAUCUAAUCGAGCUACUGCCCGGUUUUCGAUUCCACCCGACCGACGAAGAGCUCAUCACUCAUUACCUGUCGAAGAAAUUUUCGGAUCCCGAUUUCGCCCCUAUAGCCAUUGGAGAUGUUGAUAUGAACAAAGUUGAGCCUUGGGAAUUACCAUGGAGAGCAAAAUUGGGGGAAAAAGAGUGGUAUUUUUUCUGUGUUAGGGAUAAGAAGUACCCAACAGGAUUGAGGACAAAUAGAGCAACAGCUAGUGGCUAUUGGAAAGCCACUGGCAAAGAUAAAGAGAUUUUUAGAGGAAAAAAAUUGGUGGGCAUGAAAAAAACACUAGUUUUCUACAUGGGAAGGGCCCCAAAGGGUGAAAAAUCCAAUUGGGUAUGCCAUGAAUACAGAUUGGAAGGCAAUUUGUCACUUGAAAAUCUCCCAAGAUCAACCAAGAAUGAUUGGGUAAUCAGUAGAGUAUUUCAAAAAACAUCCGGGGGCAAAAAGGUCCAUAUAUCAGAGCUGAUGAGGCCGAGCCCGGCCCGCGACGAGCUCUCACAGCUGACGGACAUGAAGCCAAAGCCCUGUCCUAGCCCGGGCCCAACCCAUGCCCACGUGCACUGCUUCUCCAACAACGAACUGGCCUCGACUUUCUACCCGUCCUCAGUAGCCUCUCCUUUUCCAUGGCUGCAGUUCCCUGCAGUUCAGCCUGGAAUCGGGUCUCAGGGCCCGGGCGCGAUCCAGGACCCGACAGUACUGACGGGCUUUCUAGCGGGUUUUGGCCCAAAUAUGGUUUCGGCCCCAGAGAAAAUGAGUGAGAUGAUGAGUGUGUCGCAAGAAACGGCCAUGAGUGCCGAGAAUUCAUCGGUGGUUUCGAAUUUUGAGAUGGGAAAAAAGACAUUUGAGGAACAACAGCAGAAUUUGGAUUGCAUUUGGCAUUAUUGA